GCGGCGUUUAAACACUCGAGCCACUUUGAUCUGCAACCGUACCCAUCUACGCCUUUAUCAUCUUGGUGCCCCUCUUGGUACCUCUCAUCUACGAUACACAACGAAUCCCACUUUCGCUCAAUGGCUUUAUUCGACUGCACGUUGAGCCGCGUAUACAGUUUUGGCCUGUUGUCCCGUUUGUGCGUUGGUCGCCGCGCGCGCGCUGCAGCAUCCUCGAAAAUAUCCCAACACUGACAACCGUCUCUUUCCGAGCUCUCUUUAAAUACCCGAAAUUCUGCGAGGGACGUUUGUGAGAUGGUUUAUAGAGAACUGGGUGAAGGACACGUCGGGCUCCUACGGUGUGUACUCUUCAGUCUUGACCUUCUCUACUCUUGAUGUAGAGGGAAGGUUUGCACGACCAGCUCCUAGCAGUGAUCAAACCUUAUUACGACUGCUUCGGCAUGCAAGCUCCACGCUCAGUUCAGUCAGAAUGCGAGCGUACCUCCGACGCAAGUUUACUUGCGCUCCUCGCAAAGCCCUCGAACCGCAUCCAACGGAGCAGCAGCCGCUUGCGAAGCCGAAGCCAACAUCUGUCUCUCUCCCGCACUAUCUCAGAUUCUCGGUCACUCUCAUGCGGUCUACAGGACCCUCCACGCCGAGAAGUGCCUCCACCACGAAAAUACCACUUCUCAGUCCAGAACUUCACGGCGGCAGUCUCGUUCCUAGCAACCUCAUCGAAUACCCCGAAACGAAGAGUUUUCGUGCCAGGAGACAGAUAAUCAUCUCGCACCCGCACGCCGCCCCGCCUUCAAACGGGCUCUGGUCAUCGGCGGAGGCUAUACAGACAGAGCUGACGUGCGUGUCACUCUGCCAUUCUCUUCCACAUCUACCUGCUCUUCUCGACGACCCGCGUGUUACCAUAUCUAUGUGCGACAACUUCAACUUUCUCGCGGCGAACGCGUCGGUUCAGGACACCACCCGAGAGCCUGUUGGUUCUGCAAAUUUGCUACCCCAGAAGCCGCACUUCGAGCUCCUACACGUCGCCCUCACCUCUGGUCAUCGCAUCGCGACCCAUAUCGCGUUUCAGCACAUCCGUCUCCCGCCAGUGAACGGGCUUCUUGAGACCACGCGCAACACUCUCCUCGUCACAGUGUGCGCAUUCGCGGCUGUCUCGACACAUUUCUGCGACUCGGCCUCGUCGUAUAUUUGGCGGAGCAAGGCGGACUACGCGCGAGCGUAUGCGACAGGCUAG